AUGGAAAUGAAAGAAGUUUUUGUUGGAGCAUUCUUGAAUUUGUGUUGGUGUGGAGUCACUGUUUACAUUGUGUGUUGCUGUCUUAUUUUAUUUACAACACGUUUAAGGCUGUUCAUGAUUAAUAAAAUUUUAAAAAGGAUCUUAACAAGAGCUGAAAUAAAAACAAUCUCUAAAUUACACAUGAAUAUUUGUGAAAUGGCGUCAAUGAUCAGCAAAGUUUUCUCAUUUCAAAUGGCAGUUAUGACUGGAAUGUCUAUACUUAAUGGAACGCUUUGCAUUUUUGAGCUUUACAUAGCUAUCAGAGAUCAUACUGGGGGACUUGAUCUUUAUUUUAGUAUUAUGGCAACCACGACGUGCUGCUUCUUUACUUUAGUUGUAGCUUUUAUUAUGGGAACAUCAAGCUAUACAACUAGUGAAGGCGAAAACACUUUAGCUGUUCUUCAUGUUGAAAUUUACAGAAAACCUCAAGUUUAUGAUAAAAGGAGAAUUCAAAAAUUUCAAAUUAUUUUACUUCAAUUACAACAUUUUAAUGUUAAUGUAUCAUGUGGAUUUUAUCGCUUAGACUGGAAAGUCAUGACGAUGAAAAAAAAGUCAGCCAUGUUGAAAAGAAGAUUGCAAAGUAAAGACUCUGGGAUUAAGAGUAAAAUUCAAAAAAUCACAUCAUUUGAUCAGGAUGAAGGCAAUAAUAUCAAUUUGCCUUAUUUCCCAAUUGAAAUAAUCGCCGAAAUUAUUUCAAACUUAACUGACAUCAAUGACAUCAAAAGCUGCAUGGAAUUGUCAAGAGAUAUUAAUAACUACAUUUUUAAAACUCCAAAAAUCAUGACAAAAUUGGGAUUCAACUUGAAUUGCAUCUUAAAAUCAGAGAAAUCUGAAUCACUAAAAUUCCUCAAACUUAAAGGAAAUCUCAUAAAAAAUAUGAAGAUAAAUUUCACUUCAGAAAGUUCAGAAAUUUUGAGGACGUGUUUGAGUCAAACACCAAAUUUGGUUGAAUUUUUAUUCGACAAUGCUCCACCUGAAUGUGCUUGUUGUAGAGUUUGUUCAUUUUCUACAGAAGAUCAAGAUAAGUUGGAAUUUAAUGAAUAUUGGACACUAAAUAUCAAUUCCAUUGAAUUGCCAAAAUUAAAAGUUUUAGAAAUAGAAGUCGUUGACUUGUACAACUUUUUAAAAGUCACAAAACAAGUAAAAACUUUGGAAAAAUUGACAAUUUUUAUUCACUCAUCUAAGCAUCAAAAGAUUAUGACUGAUUUUAUCUUACAACAAAGAAAUUUAAAGGUUUUGAACUUAAUAGUAACUGGAAUCGACGGCGAAAUCAACUUUUUAUCUCAAGACAUUAGCAAGAAAGUGAAUUUUAAGCUUCAAUCAUUGAAAACUUAUACAAGAAAUAAAACAUUAAUCAGUGGCUUCUUUGAUGAAUUCUUAAUGACACAAGUUGAUAGUUUGGAGGAAAUUGAUUUUGAUUUUUCACCCAAUAAUUCAACACUUGAUAUCCUUUUUAAUAAGGCAAAAAAAUUAAGAAAACUUAUGAGCAUUACAAAUAACAAUUAAAUAAAUAUUUUAUUACAAAACUAGAAGAACUUUUAAGACUUAUAUUUAAUUAAAGAAUAAAGUAAUUAAGCGCCUUGCUGGUCGAAUAGGAAAGGCGCUUGGUUCAAAUUUGAGAUGGCAACUCGAAGUUCAAGAGAUCUAGAGGAAGACCAAAGAAUACUUGGAUUGGAUGUGUUGAUAAGGAUGCUGGAGUACUUAAUAUCCCGAAAUGGCAGACGUUUUCGAAGGAUAAAGCAGUUUUUUAGACGAUCUCUGAACGCGGUGAUGGGCCCACGUGCGCCCAAGCCAAAGAAGUAAGUGAGUAACUCAAAGGUCGUCGGUUUAAAUCCAGCCAUUUCCAAAUUUGUUCUUUUUAAAAAGUUUAGAUACUUCGACUGCUUAAUGUACGAGAUUAAGCCAUAAUUGGGCGUUUGGGCAACGUUGGAUUAAGAAACGUUGAGAACGUUAAGGUCUACCUAGGAUCCAUUGAUUGACACUUUUGAAUGAGAAAAAUCUCGAGAAAUGCCAGAUUAACCAUAUAUAAGACCCUCAUACGCCUAGUAGUGCUUUAUGGUUCAGAGUCAUGGAAUAUGACUUCAGCAGACGAGUAUGCAAUUGGUGUUUUCGAGAAGAGGAUCCUCAGAGGCAUCUUUUGACAUGAAAAGUAUCACGUCACGCCCACAGAAGAUCGAAACGAAAGCCUUAGUUUUUAUGAAACUUAGAUUUGAAGAUUGAAAGUUUGAUCCUACAUAAUAUUAAUUAAUAACAUAUAAUCACAAAUAUGUAAAAAAAAUGUGAACUAUUACCGGACAGCAUAUUGUCAAUGAAUGUAAUAUAAUGUAAAAAAAUUAAAACAAUCUA